AUACAUUAGGGACCCCUGAAAAAAAAAUCUCGUCUGCAGUGUUAUGGUGGUGUGCAGAGGACGGCCGUGUGGUACUUUUUUCCACCUUUUUCCUGAUUUCUCCCCUGUGGCAGUGCGUGGCGACCCGGGGCAGCUCCACCAGCCCCAGCGGUAGUAGCCAUGUCGAGCGCACUGACUCGCUCCACCUCCACCGCCCCUUCCCCCACCUCCCUGCCCUCCCUGGCCAAUGGGGGGGCGGGGGGGGCUCUGGGGGGGGCCGUGGCGGGUGUACUGGGGUCACGGCAUCUCCUAAGGGACGCCCCACCUUCCUCUCCGCUGCAGAUCUUCGUGCGCGCCAAGAAGAAGAUCAACGAUAUUUACCAAGAGGUGGAGGAAUAUGUCGGAGAGGCGCGGCUGUUUCUGGAAGGGUCAGGUCAGGGGGCCGGCAGCAAGGACCUGGUCACGCCCUCGGAGGUGGAGGCGGUCCAGGGCUACAGUGCCAAGGUCGCUGGGAUCAAGGAGGUGCUCGCGAGGGAUCAUAUGAAGGUCGCCUUCUUCGGACGUACGAGCAACGGCAAAAGUACAGUUAUUAAUGCUAUGAUGGGGGACAAGAUCCUUCCAUCCGGGAUCGGCCAUACAACAAACUGUUUCCUUCAGGUGGAAGGCGUGGAGGGGCUGGAGCCAUAUUUAACCACGGAGGGAUCGACGGAGAAGCAGAAUAUCAAGGGGAUCGGACAGCUAGCCCAUGCGCUCUGUAAUAACCGAUUGGGUGAUUCUACGCUGGUUAGGAUACAUUGGCCUAAAGCGAGGUGUCCGCUGCUGAGGGAUGACGUGGUGCUGGUUGAUUCACCCGGGAUUGACGUGUCGGAAAGCUUGGAUGAUUGGAUUGACAAACAUUGCCUUGACGCAGAUGUUUUUGUGUUGGUCGCAAACUCUGAGUCUACGCUCAUGAACACGGAGAAGAAUUUUUUCCACAAGGUUUCAGCAAGGCUCUCCAAACCCAAUAUCUUCAUCCUGCAAAACCGCUGGGAUAUGGCCGCCUCGGAGCCUGAGUAUCUGAAUGAGCCAAAUUCCAAGAUGAUGAGUGAGGUCCGCAAGCAGCACCUGGAACGAACGACGGCCUUCCUCGUUGACGAACUUAAAGUGGUCAGCUCGGGUCAGGCGAGUCAGCGGAUCUUCUUUGUCUCGGCGAAGGAAGCAUUGCACCAGAGACUGAAUGAGGCGAAGGGAGUCCCCAACACUGGUGCAGGCUUCCCCGAGGGCUUUACGAGCAGGUAUUUUGAGUUCCAAGACUUUGAGCGCAAGUUCGAGGAGUGCAUUUCCAAAACAGCUGUUAUCACCAAGUUCGACCAACACACUCGGCGCGGGAAAACCAUUGUGUGCGAGGUGGGGUCAUGCGUUGGGGGGGUCAUGGAGCGAGCCUGUGGUCAACGCGCGGAGAAGCUCAGGUCACGGGAGGAGAUGUGGGCCCGUCUUGACCACACUGAGAGGGAGCUGCAUGACCUGACCUCCCAGAUGAAGGAGAAGAUAUGUGGCAUUGUGGAGGAUGUGGAGCGGAGGGUCAGCAACGCACUCAAUGAGGAGAUCCGCCGGCUCUCCGUUCUGGUUGAUGAGUUCUGCGAGCCCUUCCACCCUGAUCCACUAGUCCUCAGUGUGUACAAACGCUCGCUCCACACCCACGUGGAAGCUGGCCUGGGCUCCAACCUCAGGACACGCCUGUCAUCCGCCCUGGCCCUGAACAUUGAGUCUUCACAGCAGGAGAUGACCAACCGCAUGCUGGCCCUGCUUGGCUCUGAGAAGCGGGAGUUGGCUGCCACACUGCUGCCACGCCGAGAGCCCUUCGAGGUUCUAUACAGACUCAACUGUGAGAACUUGUGCGCUGAUUUCCAGGAGGACAUUGAGUUCAAGUUCUCGCUGGGCCUGGUUGCGUUGGUUCAGCGACUCAUGGGGAAGGCGAGCAACCGCAUCCUGAACACUCGUCACAAGGAGUCGGUCCCCCGCAGCAUACCCCUGACCCCCCUGACCCCCAGCAACGAGCCAGCCUUCCCCAGCGGACAGGAUGACUGGUCUAUCAUAAGCCGGUUCGCUGUUGCCGCUGUGGGAUCGCAAGGCACUAUGGGGCUUGCUCUUGCUUUGGGCUUGAUGUUCAAGACCGUGGGCUGGCGUCUCCUGGCCCUGACCGGAGGCGUGUACGCGUGUUUGUACGCCUACGAGCGGCUGACCUUCACCACCAAAGCCAGAGAGCGCACCUUCAAGAGGCAAUAUGUCGCACAUGCCACUCGGAAGCUGAGGCUAAUAGUUGACCUGACCUCGCAUAACUGUUCCCACCAAGUCCAGCAGGAGUUGAGUGGAACCUUCGCCCGCCUGUGCCGCCUGGUGGAUGAGAGUACGAGCGAGAUGCAGCGAGACGUCCGUACAUUAGAGCGAGAAGCAGGGCAGCUCGAGGAAGCAGCCGCUCAGGCCAAGAAACUGCGGAACAAGGCUCAGUACUUGGCCAGCGAACUUGAGAUUUUCCAGCAGACCUACUUGAACGUGGAGGAUUGAGCAGGAGGAGGAGGAGGAGGAGGAGGAGGGGAAGAGUAGAGAGAGAGAGAAGGAGGAGGAGGAGGAGGAGGAGGGGAAGAGUAGAGAGAGAGAGAGAGGAGGAGGAGGAGGAGAGGGGCCUUGUAAUCUUCCAGCAAAUGUAGUUGAAUGUUGAGGAUUGAGGAGGAGGAGGAGGAAGAGGAAGAGGAGGAAGGGAAGAGAGGAAGAAUGAGAGAGAGAGAGAGAGAGAGAGAGAGGAGGAAGAGGAGAGGGAGAAAAGAUUGAAGGAGAAGAAACAGAGAGAGAGAGAGGAGGAGGAGAAGGAGGAGGAGGGAGAAGAAGAUGAAGAGGAGGAGGAGGAGGAGGAGGAGGAGGAAGAACAGGUCAGUCAGUCUUGUCAAAAUCCUUCCAUACAUGACCAUAUACAUUUCCUAUACAUAACCUUAUACAUUGAACCUCCUUUGCUAUGUAUAUGUAUGAUAAAUUUGCCUAGGAAUAUACACACACACACACACACACACACACACAUACAUACA